AUGCUACAAACCAAGCUCCGAGACCUAGAGUUAGAGAAAACUACAUAUAUGCUUAGGCGCUACAAAUAUAACUUUUUUACGCAAGGAAAUCGAGCAGGGGCACUGCUAGCCGCACAGCGCAAAGCAUGCAACAAUCACUCAAAGAUAGCGUAUGUUCACACAACUUACAAACAGAAACUUACAAACCCACAAGACAUUGUAAAUGCAUUCGCCUCCUACUACAGCACAUUAUAUAACCUUAAAGAGGACCCAGGAACUACAUCGACCCCCGCAAGCGACAUUCAAGACUUCUUGUCUCCCCAAGUUGUCUCCUGA